AUGAGUCGCACGGUGGGCAAGAAGCGUGCGGAGCCGCUCUCUGGGGAAAAUGUGUCUAUCCCCGCUAGCUCCGAUGACGAGAAUGUGGAUGCUCCUAGCCCUGCCAAAAUUGCGAGAGCGAAGGAGGAGGACCGGGCUGUCACCGUGUCUGACUUGAAGGCGAUCAUGCUGGAGCAAACCCGACAGCUCCAGGCCAGCAACCAGGCUUCGGUGGACUCUGCGGUGAAUCGUAUGGAGCGAAGCUUGGAAACCCGCCUCGGGGAGUUUGAGGGCCGUGUGUCUGGAAUGGAUGAUAGGGUCGCAGUGUUGGAGAAGCAAAUUGAAGAAUUACUUCGACAGGGCAGUUCGACACCUCAGUUUCGGGGCUUGGCCGGAGACGAUUCUGCCAGGCGUGCUAGAACACUGGUGUUUGGAGGGUGGGCGCGAGACUCGCGUCGGCGUGUCAUCCUGGAGGAGCUGAAGUCCUUCCUAGAGAGCCUCAAGGUGGCGGACCUCUUCGACUCGGAGCCUUUCACCACAGGGGCCAGGAGAUCGAUGGCUUUGUGUGGAUUCCAGCAGAGGGCUACUGAGACGUUCUCUGACAUGCGAGCUCGUAUGCAUCGCAUCGUGGUUGCUUUCAGCAAGGGUGGCCUCUCCACGAAGGCCGGGGGCCGGGCAUGGUGCUCGUAUUCCAAAACGAAGCAGGAACGUGCCAAAGGAUCGCACGCGGGCUGGAUAAAGCGUGCCGUGUCGGAGCUCAAGCCUGAGGUCGCGGCCGACUUGGAGAUCGAGUGGCAGAGUGGAUCUGUUUGGUUGGAAGACACGCUGUUGGGCAGUUCCGAUCUCCCUGUUCCGCCUGGGACCGAUAUGCGUGGAGUUCUUGUCAACGAGGAUCAAGAAGGGAAACCUUGGGUAUCGGUCAAACUGCUAGCACGUGACUUAAAGCUCAAGGACAAGGACGUGAAACAAGCCCUGGAGGGCACUCGCGUGGAGGUCCAAGAUCUCCCGCAGCUGAUCUCGGAUGCUGCCCCUUCGCAGCUGGAAAAAGGGUCGCUGGUCGUCUUUCAAGAGUUUGCCAGACAAGAACCGGGCUGGUCAGUUGCUACUCAGAGGUCCUGGACUGUCCUUUCACAUCGUCAUGCGUGCUCUUGGAGGGGUUGUGGCAUCAUGUUUGAGGCAGCUGACUGGUGUGUGCUACGUCGUGUAUACACGCAAAGGGGUGUGUGGUUCAAGAUGCGGGCCAGGGAUGCAGAUGAGGCACUUUGGGUUGGCACGUGUCACUUUACACCGGGGUGCACCGUUGCCCAAUUUGAGGAGGAGGCCGAGGACCACUUCCACGGGUUGCCCAAGAAUGCGACAAGGGUUGUCUUCCAAGGAGACGUGAACACGCCCUUUGGUUGGGUGAAGGACGAGGCUGCUGUCACCCCGAUCGCCAGGGAGGGAAAGGGUGGCAUUCUCCUGAAGAUUCUCCAGGAAAAGGGGCAUAGGGUUGUCUGCAAGUCCUUCGGGGUCGUCUCGCAGGUGGACCACCAGGUGCUUUGUGACCUGGCUAGAACGCGCACCAAGCCUGCCCCGAGCCUCUCCUACCGUGAUCCGGAAAAUGUGAAGGUCCUUUUUCGCAGGGCGAGGGUCAGUGGUUCUGCUGCCUCUUGGAAGGAAGCCCUCAAGGCUCGCAAGGUGGCUCGGAAGCACUGGGAGGAAGAAAGGGUUCUUCGAGCUGCUGCUGGGGACUGGGAUUGCCUGCGGGAGGUCAGGGGUAACUCUGGCACGGGGUGGCAGGUUGAGUUCUCGGUGGCCCAACAAGAUGAUCCACACAGGGUUAUUCACGACCAUUUCCAAGAGGUCUACCGGGACCCCAGGGUUUCCCCACCGGUCACGAUCCCAACUGGCGACGUGGAGGCCUUCACCUUGGAUGAGCUGUGGACUGGUCUGAAACAGCUCAAGGGGCAAAAGGCGGUAGGCUGCGACUUGACUUCCAAGGAACUCCUAGUGGGCAUCUGCAACGCGGAGGGUGGUGCUGAGCAGGUUUUGGAGUUCUACAAUAGGGUCCUGGCCACGGCCUCGAUCCCGGAGGACUGGAACACACCGUUGCUCAUCAUGCUCCCCAAAGUAGCACAGCCGAGGCUCCCUCGGGAGCUUCGUCCCAUCGCUCUGGGCUCAUCUGUUGGGAAACUUUUCAGCCGUCUCCUCCUAAACCGUAGCCUACAUCGGAUCCGUCUGCUUCACCCGCCUCAGUGUGCUGGAGUUCACCGUCAGACGAAUGACUACACGUACACGCUCAUCCGCCUUUUUGAACUUGAGCGGGAGUGGCAAGGGGGCAUGGCUGCAAUUAAGGUUGACAUCAGCCGUGCUUUCGACGAUGUUGAUCGUGAUGUCCUACUAACGAAGCUGGAGUCCAAACUUGGGCCGGGAGCUGAGAUCCAGUGUUGGAAGGCCCUCCUUGCUAAUAACGCCGCGGUUGUCUCUUCUCCUUUUGGUGAAUCCACGAUCAACAUGUCGAAGGGGAUAAAGCAGGGGGGGAUCGAGUCCCCGGCCUUCUAUGGCAUGCUCAUGGAGUUAGCGGCCCACGAGGCUGCUGAAGGGUCACACUGGGGUUUGCAGGGCAGGCUUUAUCCGGACUUAGGGUGCCCGGACGUCGCGAUGUUUAUGGACGAUGGGGUCUUAUGGACAAAGGGCACCUUGGAGCUACAGAAACGCAUCAAGGACUUUGCACGUACCCUCCUGGGAUUUGGCCUCAAGGUCAACAUUGCGAAAUGUCAGCUGUACUGUUCCCCCAAGUGCCAGGGCCCACGCCAGAUCCAGGUUGAUGGCACAGUGCUGCUUGCCGGCCCUCACCUCGACAUCAUGGGGUUGCGGCUUUCCGUGGGACAGUCCAUUUGCAGUCUUAUCUCCCCUUUGAUGACAAGGUGCCGCGCUAAGUUCUGGGAGGUCCGGCAUGUCCUUCGUUCCUCAGGGCCUUUGCUUGCUCGGGUUCGCCUUCUUCAGCGGAUUGUGGGGGCUUCGGCCCUGUGGUGUAUCGCUUCGGUGCCUCCAGAUCGUGCAGCCAUGUCGAUGGCCAACUCUGUUCAACUUCAGCUUCUGGUUUGGCUUCUCAGGCAGGACCUCGGUUGUGGCAAGCAGCUCGCCGAGGACAUUGCUGCGAUAUUCCCGCCUAACGAGCGGCUGAGCUUUGAACGCUUCCAGGAGUGCCUGCAGAAGCACGAGGACCUGGGUCCCAGCGCCUCCUUGCAACUCUCCUCCGGCCGUGGCGAGGCCGUGCCGCGGACCUGGGCCCCCUGGGCCCGCCGAGGCUCGGACUAUGACGAAAAUGACUCCGACCUGGAUGAUAGCGAGGAGAAGCCCAGCAGAGAUAUCUUGGGUGGACUGUGCGCCUGCAUCCACAGCUGCGUCAUGGAGCCGGUUCUGCUUGACGAGGCGGAGCAGGAGAUUCCCGUCCCAGACAGAAACGAGCAAAGAGCGCGAACAGCAUGA